AUGCCGCGAAAGCGCCUUCAAAAACAAAGCUUUGCCAUACACCAGGACACAGACCAAGCUGCCCAGGUUCCCGACUCCAAGAAGCAGGCCCAAUUCCUAAAUGACGACGACAACAUCAUCCGAACACUGACUCCUGCCUCGACCGGCUCCAUCAAUAGCAUGCAAACUGCAUCGCGGAACAUUGUGGCCAAGCACGCCCUCGGCCGCACGGCGACCAUCCGCAGCGUGCCCAGCUUCGACAGCUCCGAGUCCAGCCCCGAGGUCAAACAGAGUCCCUUCUCCAGCAGCACAAACAGCAACACGAGCGCCGCCUCGACCGCCCUCGGGGCCCUCGACCACAACAAGGCGGCCAGCCGGUCCGCCGCAUCAACCGACACCCACACCACAGCCACACCGAGCCGCUGGAGCGCCAACGGCGUCCGCGUAAUAGAGCCUCAGCAGCAAGGGCAGCUGCCCCACGACAGCUCGGUGCUCUCCGAGUCGACGGACACGGAGAAUGGGCACUGGGAUUCCACCAUUGGCAAGGCCGGCCUCGGCAAGACCGGCCGCGUCAUCAACCGGCUCGUCAGCGACAAUGACGCCCUGAAACGAGACAUCAAGAUUGAGCGCCUGCGCGCCGAGGAGGCGAAGCAGGCCGCCAAGCUGAUCGAGGACAAGAUGGAGCGCAUGGUCAGCGAGUACGAGGGCCGGCUGCUCGAGGCCAACGUAACCAAGACGCUGCUCGCCCGCAAGGAGCGUCAGGUCGAGUCCCUCACCGCCGCCGUCGACGUCGAGCGCAAGAAGACGCAGGCCGCGCUCGACUCGGAGCGCACCUGGAAGGCCGAGAUGCAAAAGGUGCGCGCCGACGCCAAGGCGCACGUCGAACAGGCCACAACGCACGCGCAGCUCAUGGAGGGCCGCUACAACGCCAUCUCGUCGCACUGGCGCGAGCAGGGCGACCAGGUCAAGCGCGCCGUCACCAAGAUGCGCGCCGAGAUUGCCGACGUCGUCGACGAGCGCCAGCGCGACGACGACAAGAUCCAGACGCUCCGCGACCUCUGCGAGCAGCAGGACGGCAACAUCAAGGAGCUGCGCCGCGAAAAGGACGACAUGGCGCGCCUCUUUGCGCAGUACAAGCAGACGCAGGACGACGACCUGCGCGACAUCCGGACAAACGCCAAGAAGCGAGAGGACGAGCAGGAGAGGAUGCUGGCAGAGGCGAAGGAGGCGCUGCAUAAGCUGAAAUGGGCCCUCAACGUCAAGAGUAACGUCAAGGGCGCGCAAUAA